AUGCGCCUCCCCGAAGCGGGCGGCGGGCGCGCUGCGAAUCGCCACCCCCGGAUUAUGUUGAUUUGCAUCCAUAACAUCCCUAAAACCUGGCUGAUAUACCCGCUGCUUGGCAAGCGCACCGGCAGCCCGCAACCUUACUCUCCCGUCUCUUCCACGCCUGGUGGAGGUGGUCCUCCUCGCCCCACAGCGAGUGCCGCGCGCAACUUGCCAGGGCUGCAACGUCCACACCCGCGGACGCCCAUCGCGUUCCUGUCGCCUCUGAACCUUCAGCGCCCUGAUGGCUCUGGGUUCGCGGCUCGCCCGCCGUCGACCGCCCGCUUUUGA